AUGGGCGGGGUGUUGCCCAGGGUUUGCCAUGCGGCACCGCUUCUCGUGACACGAGGCGUUUUGGGGCAGACUGCCACACUCAAUUCCGUGCAGCAGCAUGCCCAGCUGCUGCCCUGCGCAAGCAACUUCCAGCAGUGCAUCACUGCCUGCGGCGUGGCCGAGUUCCAGGCGCUCUACGAUUGGCUGUUGGCGAGCCCACAGCAAGCAGAGGAUGUUGAUGUGAUUGCAGCUGGCCAGGCAGCUGACCGGAGAACUUCGGGGCAAAGGACCUCCUUGGAGUCGUCGACGUUCCAGUUGCUGCGAGACGUAGGACUUUCCGUGCUCGGUUCGACUUUGGACUAUCUGACCUUGUGCCAGCAUUCAGAUGCACGGUGCGGAGAGGUCGUGGAACAGUUCAGGUCGGUCCAGGCGAUUGGGCAGGUACUCGACGACCGCAUGCGGUCUCUUGCAAAGGAAUACUUGCCCGAGACCGGGGUGCGAUCGCCGCUUCUUCGGGUCGGGCAUAGUGUGCGAUCAGACUUGCAGGCUUUCUUGCGGCAGUUGCCAAGCCUUUCCGCGGGCCUUGCAGCAACGGAGCUCGGUGCAAGGCUGGCGCAGACCGUGGGACAGCGAGCACGCAUGCUGUCUUGGCAUCUCGGAAUGCAUGCAUGGGUUCGCGGCCUCCGUGUUCCGGGCCGCGGCGCACCUGUCCUCAUCUUACACGAAGAGUACAUGUCCUUUCAGGACAUGAUUGCCGCCGUGGUAGGCACCAUGGUGCGCAAUGGCCAGAGCCAGAUGGCGCUCGUGGAGAUCGGUGUGCCUCUGGAGGACUGGGACACACUUGCUGCUGUCAGAGACUUUCCGGGUCUGCAAUAUGCUGGGAUCAUGGCUGAGCCUGACCAGCCUUCUGAGAUUGAAGGGCGAGCUUUCAUCUUCGAGCAGCGACGAGCCGAGCUCCAGGCAUCCUUGGGGGAGCGUGGUGUGCUCUACCUCGCAUCCUUACAGAGGGCAGCCGAUGCCUUCCCGUCAAGGUCCAUGGACAUGGCCCUGGUUGAUUUCCGCGGGCGCUCUGCGGACUAUGCACAGGAGCAAAUGGCACUCUGGGAGUCCAAAGUGAAGCCCGGUGGAGUCCUGUUAGGCGUUGGCUUCUUGCCUACGUCCCCAGAGAUUGUGAUGGCUGUAUGUGCCCAACGCUUCAGCACAGAUCUGCACAUUGGCAAAGGAGGCGGGUUCUGGUGGCUCGUGGAGCCGCCGGAAGACGAGUGA